AUGUCAUCUGUUACUGAUCCUAAGGAGCAAUACGAGCUAAUUACCAAGAAUUUGCAGGAAGUUCUUAACGGACAAAUCAUCAAGAAUGUUUUGGAGGUUGAAAAGAGACCUUUGAAGUUGUACUGGGGUACAGCACCAACAGGUAGACCACAUUGUGGUUACUUCGUUCCAAUGACGAAGUUGGCACAUUUCUUGAAGGCAGGAUGUGAGGUGACAGUUUUGUUGGCAGACUUGCAUGCGUUUUUGGACAACAUGAAGGCGUCAUUAGAGGUUGUUUCCUACAGAGCCAAGUACUAUGAACUUGUGAUCAAGGCUAUUUUGAAGAGCAUCAAUGUUCCAAUUGAAAAGUUGAAGUUCGUUGUCGGUUCUUCUUACCAAACAUCUACCGAUUACGUGAUGGAUAUCUUCAAGCUAUCUAACAUUGUUUCUCAAAACGAUGCCAAAAGAGCUGGUGCGGAUGUUGUGAAGCAAGUGGACAAUCCAUUGUUGAGUGGUUUGAUUUACCCAUUAAUGCAAGCAUUGGACGAGGAGCAUCUCGGUGUCGAUGCCCAAUUCGGUGGUGUUGACCAGAGAAAGAUCUUUGUGUUGGCAGAGGAAAACUUGGGUAAGCUUGGUUACAAGAAGAGAGCUCACUUAAUGAACCCUAUGGUCCCAGGUUUGGGCCAAGGUGGUAAAAUGUCUGCUUCUGAUCCAAACUCUAAGAUCGACAUUUUGGAAGAACCAAAGCAAGUUAAGAAGAAGAUCAACAGUGCUUUCUGUGCACCAGGUGUCGUUGAAGACAAUGGUUUGCUAUCCUUUAUCGAAUUCGUCGUUGCUCCAAUUCAAGAAUUGAAGCACGGUGCCAACUACUUCAAAUUUGACAUCGAUCGUCCUGAAAAGUUCGGUGGUCCAGUUUCUUACUCCUCUAUAGAUGAUAUCAAGAAAGAUUUCGCAGAACAAAAAUUGGCUCCUCCAGAUUUGAAAGCCGGUGUCACUGAAGCUAUCAAUGAAUUGCUAGCUCCUAUUAGAGAAGAGUUCCAGAACAACCCAGAAUUCCAAGAAGCUGAAGCCAAGGGUUAUCCAGCUCCAGUACCUGAAAAGACUAAGAAGGCUAAAAAGCCUAAGAACAAGGGUGACCGUUACCCAGGUGCUAAGCCUGCUACCGAAGAAGUAACACAACAGCUCAAGGAUACUACUUUGGAAGGUUCCCAAUAG